AUGAUAAAAAAUACAGUUAGAAUAAUAAAUAAAAAUAGUAAUACUUUUAUUAAUAUUAGAAAUAAUAAUAAUAAUAAUAUUAAUAGCUCAUUAAAAAGUGGCUUUGGUACAAUAAAAAGAUUUAAUACAACACUAAAUCAUAAUAGCAGUAAUAGUAAUAUUCAAACACCAAUUUCAAUUAAUUCUACAAUCAUAAAUAAUAAUAAUAAUAGUAAUAACAAUAAUAGUAAUAACAUUAUUAAUAAUGAUUUAAAUGUUGUUAAAUUUUCAACAAUUUCAACACCAAAUUCAAUUUUGGAUACAUUAAAUGAAAAUCAUUCAAAUCAAACCAACAAUGUAAAUAAUAAAAAUUAUAAUAAUAAUAAUAAUAAUUUUGAAAAAGAUGAUAAAUUUGGUCCUCCAAAUAACCAAAAUAAUAAUAAAUUGGAUUUGGAUACUUCAAAAUUAUAUGUUUCAAAAUCAACAGGUGAAUUAUUUUUUACUUUUAUGAUUUUAAAAGUUUGUUCAAUUAAUUUUAUUUCUGAUAAUAGUCAAAAAUUUUUAAAUUUAUUUGAAAAAUUAGGAUUGUCAAAACCAUUAAAUUUUUUCAUUAAAUAUUCAUUUUUUAAACAAUUUUGCGCAGGAGAGACAAUUAGAGAAACUGAAAUAUUUACAGAGAAAUUAAAUAAAUUAGGUAUUGGUACAAUUUUAGAUUAUGCAAUUGAAGAGUUGGCAGGUAGUUCAGAAGGUUUCGAUAGUGUUGCAGAGAAUAUUUGUGAAACCAUUAGAGUUGCAGCAAAGAAUCCAACCAAUUCAUUCAGUUGUGUUAAGUUCACAGGAUUGGUUACACCAUCAGUAUUGGAGAAAAUGAAUACUUUAGUAUCCAAUGUAACAACCAAUGUAUCGGAAUUACCAAUUGAAUCAUUUAAUUCACCAUUGGAUUUCUAUUUAAAUCAAUCAUCAUCAUUGAUGAAACAAGGAAGUGAACCAUUGUUAACAAGUAAAGAUAUCAAAGAGAUUAAAGAAUUCUUUAAUAGAAUGGACAAGAUUUUUCAAUUAUGUCAUCAACGUGGUGUACCGAUUUUAGUGGAUGCCGAACAAAGUUAUUAUCAAGUUGCAAUUCACCAUUUAACAAUGUCCUAUUCAAUUAAGUAUAAUAAAGAGAAACCAAUAAUUUACAAUACCUAUCAAAUGUAUUUAGUUAAUGGUAUGAAUGUAUUGAAACAACAUUUUGAGCUAUCGUCAUCACAAAAGUUUAACUUUAAAUUGGGUGCUAAAAUCGUACGUGGUGCUUAUAUGGUUACAGAGAGUGAACGUUCUCAAAGAUUGUCAACUGAAAAUCCAGUCUUACCAACAAUUCAAGAUACACAUAAAAGUUAUAAUACAGCAUUGGAUUUCUUAUUGAAUCAAAUUAAAUCCGAUCCAAAUUCAAUUGGUCUCAUGAUAGCUUCACAUAAUGAAGAUUCAAUCAAUUUAGGUACAAAAUUAAUUAAACAAUAUAAAAUUGAUCCAACUAAUCCAAAUAUACAAUUUGGUCAAUUAUUUGGUAUGGCCGAUUUCCUUAGUUUUAAUUUGGUGGAUCAACAUCAAAGAAUUUUCAAAUAUGUACCGUUUGGUCCGGUUGAAGAAGUUUUACCUUAUUUAAUUAGAAGAAUGCAUGAAAAUAAAGGUUUCAUUGGUAGUAAUAGUGAUAAAGAAUUAUUUUAUUUAAAGAAAGAAAUUAAAAGAAGAUUAUUUUAA